AUCGUGUGGCUAAUAUUUUAUUCCUCAGCAUUCGAAAUAUAUGGAGGGGCAACUUUGGUUCUGUCACUCGGGUUAACCACAAAAAAUGGAAAUCACUUCUUGUUCCUCGUUCAAACUUCUAUCAUCUUCUUCGGUUCCCGUUUUCAACUUCCAGUGUAACUCAUCUUCCGCGAGGAAAGAAGUGUCUAGAAGAACAUUAUGUACGGCAGUGCCAUCCUUGUCACUUGGUAAAUCAUUUCUUCGACUUGGGAAUAGACUAGAUCUCUUUAUUUACCAGAAGCAGUCAUUUUAUAACCCUCAAAGACUACAUAAAGGUCAAAUAUAUGCUGCAACUGGCAAUCCAUCUUGGGACUUUGGUAGAUUUGUGAGGACAUUGUUCUUUUUUGAUGCUGUUCCCUCCCCUAUGAAGUUCAUUGAAUCUCUGGUUGAGAAACUAUCUGACCAAUCAUCAAGUGAGCCAACAAGGAAAAUGGAAUCUUCUGGGAUAGUUCUUGUUGUUGGUGCAACUGGUGGCGUGGGUAGAAGGGUAGUAGAUGUUUUACAGAGUAAAGGCCUGCCAGUCCGAGUGUUGGUUAGAAAUGAAGGAAAGGCAAGACAGAUGUUUGGCCCAGAUAUUGACCUGGUUGUUGGGGAUAUCACCAAGGAAAGCACUCUACCUCUUGAAUAUUUCAAAGGAGUCAAGAAAGUAAUUAAUGCUGCUUCUGUCAUUGUUGGCCCAAAAGAAGGGGAUACUCCUGACAGAGCAAAAUACAGUCAAGGCAUCAAAUUUUUUGAACCAGAGAUAAAAGGUGAUUCACCUGAAAUGGUUGAGUAUAUAGGCAUGCAGAAUUUGAUUAAUGCUGUAAAAGGGAGUGUUGGACUUAAAGAAGGAAAAUUACUUUUCGGAGUGGAAGGUAAUUCAUUUAGGGAUCUUCCUUGGGGUGCUUUAGAUGAUGUCGUGAUGGGAGGAGUUAGUCAGAGCACAUUUGUAAUUGACCCUAAAGGAGGUGAGACUGGCGGGGCAGCUGGGAUUUUCAGAGGAAAUGUGUCUACCGCUAACAAUGGUGGUUUCACUAGCGUGAGAACAAAAAAUUUUGCGGUGCCUGAGGAUCUUUCUGCUUAUGAUGGUUUUGAGCUGCGACUUAAAGGUGACGGUCGUCGAUAUAAACUUAUUGUCCGCACUAGCAGCGAUUGGGAUACUGUAGGUUAUACGGCAAGUUUUGACACAACGGAGGGACAAUGGCAAUCAAUAAAAUUACCGUUUUCCUCAUUGAGGCCUGUACUCCGAGCCCGGACUGUCUUAGACGCUCCGCCCUUCGAUGCACACAAUAUUAGUUCUCUGCAGGUAAUGUUCAGCAAGUUUGAAUAUGAUGGCAAACUGAAUCCAACUUUUGUAGAGGGCCCUUUCCAGCUUCCUCUGUCAACUGUACGGGCAUACAUGCAGGAACCAAUUACACCAAGAUUCGUCCAUGUGGGCUCUGCAGGAGUUACGCGCCCAGAUAGGCCUGGACUUGAUCUGAGUAAGCAGCCUCCUGCUGUCCGUUUGAACAAGGAACUGGACUUCAUUCUCACAUACAAACUGAAGGGAGAAGAUUUGUUGCGUGACAGUGGAGUCCCUUAUACAAUUAUAAGGCCUUGCGCAUUGACAGAAGAACCUGCAGGAGCAGAUCUUAUAUUUGACCAGGGGGAUAAUAUCACGGGGAAGAUAUCCAGGGAAGAGGUUGCUCGAAUAUGUGUUGCUUCUUUAGCGAGUUCACAUGCAUUUGACAAGACAUUUGAGGUGAAAAGCGUAAUUCCUUUCAGCGAGCCGUUCACAGUGGACCCUAAUAACCCACCUCCUGAAAAGGAUUAUGAAGUAUUUUUCAAGACACUGAAGGAAGGAAUAACUGGGAAAGAACUCCUGGAACAAAAUCCAGUCCCAACCGUAUGAUUUCAACUUUUGAAGUUUUACAAUGGAAGUAUUGUUAGCUGUAUUGAAGCAAUAAUAAGAGCAGGAAAUGUGAGUUUUACAUGAUGAGCUUAAAAUGUGUCCAGUGAUCGGUUUAUGACUAGUUCAACUUAACUAUCAAUUGUAACCCCGUGACUUGUAUGUAUGUAUAGAAUUCUUCCCGAUCUUGCAUAUAUAAUCACUGCCUUGUGUUUCAUUAAGGCCUAGAUAUGAUAGUCAUUGUAAUUUGAUACGAACCACAAAGUGGAAAGUAUGAAAACACACUCAGCAAACUCAUGUAUAUGUAUGAAGUCUCUAGUUUGUUGAAAACUUCUGUA